CAAAAAUAGUAGAAUAUCAAGAAUAAACCUGUGUAAAAGUGCAUUGGAGUAAAAAAUUAUGUGUCUACUAUUAUCAGUUGUUCGCACAUCUAUCACUCCGAGCAAAGCGCGAUUCGCCAUUUGUAGUUACAGUCAACCUGCCAGAUCCAAUCAUAACAAACAUAAAAUUUCAUAUAUUUGAAUACUAUGCAAUGAAAUAAAUUCAGAAAGUUCAAGUUAUCUAUAAAAACUAUAUCUUAACAUGUGUGAUCAAACUGAAAUACAAUAUUUGGAUGGGGACAUAGUAUGGGUGAAACUGGGGCCAUGUUGGUGGCCAGGCGAAGUGUGGUCAGAAAAUAAAUUGCCAGAAGGAACUUUACAAGGCUUGAAAAAGUCGCCUUUUGCUGUUGUUAGAUUCUUUGAAGAAGAGAAAUUUGGUUUUGUCAAGAGUGUUAGUGAUAUUUAUCGGUAUAAUUGCAGUAGAAAAGAUGAAUUCAUUAAGAAAGGACUUGAUAAAUUUCGGGCAAAAAAUAAGUUUAUGGAAAAAUUUCCUAAUGAUAUUAAAAAAGCAGAGGAAUUAACUGGUGGUAACCCAGCUAUAGCUGAGGAUUCUAAAUAUGCACCUAGCCCUAAAUUGAGUUACAAUGAUUUAUAUGGCUCGCCCGUACAAAAGAAAAAAAAGACAACAAAAGAUAUUAGCAUUAGUAAAGCCAGUCCUUCAAAAAAGAAUAAAAGUGGAAUUCUCUCACCCAGCAGUGAUUGGACCCCUAAGUCACGGUCAUCACAAUUUAGUACACCUGGAUCUUCUCAAUAUAACUCCCCAACAGGACCAUCGUCAGAUAAGAAAUAUAAUUGCUACAAAUGUGGAUAUAAAACAGAUCGAAUAAAUGUUAUAAUAAUACAUUUAAAACAACAUUCUGCAAGUGGAUAUGGCAGUUCACCAAUAUUUUCAAAAUACUCUCCCAAUAGCUCAUAUAAUUCCAACUAUCAAACACCAACAAGGGUUAGCGGUAUAUCAAGAACUAGUCAGCUCACGCAAGAUGAAUCACAGAAUACUCCUAAAAUGGCAAAUAAAGAACCUAAAAGAGCUUUAUCUGCUAAAGGUAAAAUGUCACCGGGUAUAAAUCCUAAAGGAAAGAAACGAGGUAGAUCAACAAAGAAAACUGAUGUUUCUGCUAAGAAAAUUAAAUCAAGUGAACAUGAAAUUAAAAGUAAAUUGUUGGCCGAUUGGUCAGAUGAUCAAGAUAGUGAAAUGGAAGAUACAGAUAAAGAAAAAACUGCAGAUACAAGCAUGUCUGAAGACGACAAUAAAUUAUCUACAUCUGUAGUAGAACCAGAUAAAGAUGUAUCUAAUCUAUCAAUUAAUGAAAAUGAACAAGAAACUGCAGUUAGUGAAACUGAUGUAUCUGAAUCUGCAAAAUCAAAAGAUGAUGCAUCUAUAUCUGUAUCAAAAGAUAAAAAUGAAUCUACAGAUCCUAUAAUGGAUAUUAGUUUAUCUAAUAAUAAAGAUGAUACUUCUAUGCCUGUAGAAAAUGAUAGUAAAUCUAGAACUAAUUCUGUUGAAAAGUCUGAAGAUGAAAGCAAAUCAAAAUCUUGUUUCGAUUUUGAAGAAGAUGAUGUAAUUGAUGUUCCUAAAAGUCCAGGUAGAAAGAUUCCUAGACUUAUAACAAAGAAAACCAGAAAGGAAUUUGAAUAUACGCCAGAACCUGCAGAUAUAAGUUCUAGUGAUAAAAAGCAAGACUCUAUAAAACCAGUGGUUUCAGAUACAGUUGAACAUACAAAGCUACUAGAUUCUAAAGAGCAAAAUGAUUCCAAUAAUUUGGAACUUGAUAUAGAUGAUAUCCUUAAUAAAACCAAAUUACCUGAAUUGCCAGAAGUUCCACAAGAUAAAUUUGUUGAUGUAGAAGUCAAACAGAAACCUUUACGAGAAAUAAUGUCUCCAAAAGAAAGAGGGAAAAGAAUUUUCAAAAGCAAACAAAUAUUCAAAACUCGCAUGCAAGAAAAAUAUGGAAGUGAUAUAAAGCCUAUUGAUGACAAUGAUAUUGUUUUAGAUGAUGUGAGUAAAGAUAACUUGAAUUUAAGCGGUGAUAAAGCUACAGAAAAUGAAACAGACAGUAUGAAUAAAGAAGAAGAUAUUGAAAAUAAUUUAAAUAAUGACAUAAAAGAAAUUACAGAAGCUGAUUUGAAGGCUGCCAUAAGCACAAAAUCUGAUUUCAGUAGUAAUGCAAUGCAUGAAGGCCAAUUAUCUGUAAUUGAUCCUAUAGGUUCUGAAAUUGAUCCUGUAGUUUCUGAAAUUGAUUCUGUAGUUACUAAAAUUGAUACUGUAGUUACUAAAAUUGACGAUACUGACUCUAUAAAAGAAUCUAAUCUCCACCCUGAAGAGACAAAAUUACCUAAGUUAAGUGACACUAAUAAUGAAAAGAAUGAAAAUGAUGAUAUUACUAUAAAGAAUACUGGAGAUGUUCUCCCAGAUGAAAUACAGAAUGAAGAAAGCAUAUCACUUUAUAGUAUUACCAACAGUUCCUUGCAUUCAAAUGACAUUGCUGAACCAAAACAAAUAUUAAAGAAAAGAAAAUCAAGAAGUUCGACUGGUGAAAGUAUCCCAAAAUCUCCAAGAAUAGAUAAACCUCCACAAAUAAUUCAAGAGUCAGAUAAAACAUUUAAUGUGAUUGAGAAUGCAGUUAUAGAAGAAUCUUCAAAAAUUGGUGAUGACACCUUGCAAACCUCUAUUAAGGAAGAUAAAAUAAUUAGCAAUGACAGUGAUAUUCUAAAUGAUAAAGAUACAAAUAAAAAUGAUAAAUCAAUUAGUGCAAUAAAUGUUGCUGAGUGUCUAAUCAAUUUUUCAGAAUCAGCUCACUCUGAAAAUAUUGAUGAAUCAACAGUAUCUCCUGCAAAAAACAAAACUACAACGCACAACACAACAUUGUUGACUAAAUCACCUACACUACCUGAACAAAAAGUGCCUCAAUUGGGACUCGGCGCUAUUGAUGCUUCUGAACCACUAAAUAUAGAGAAGAAUAAUAAAAUUGAAAACAUUGAUGAUAAAAAGUGUGAAACUAAUAAUGUAGAUAAACUUCAUGUUGAGGUUGAAGAAAAAAAGUUGGAAGUACCAGAUAUUCAGUCAUAUAUAACUGGUAGGUCUCAAACACCUGAAACAAUUUUUAAAGCGCCAAUGAAAUCUCGCCUGCAUAAUAUAUUAACUGAAAGUCCGUGCUCUUCAGUAUCUAAUUCUUCAAAAGAUAUAAUCAAAAAUUCAUCUUCCAAAGUUAAACAUAAUAAAGUUAGUGACAUCUGUGCAAAUCCUAAGAAACAAUUUGUUAUUAAGAUGAAAAAUGAGAAAAGUGCAGCUACAAAUCAAAGUGAUUUCAAAAGUGCUAUUGAUCAAAUAGAAGAUAUCGAAACAUUUGUAAUUGAAAAACCAAAACCUUCUAUACAUAGAGAUCCUGUAAAUGAAAUGCCAAAACAAAUGAAAUCAGAAUUGAGAAUUUUGAAGAAAGGUACCAAGAAGCCAGCUAUAAUAACUUCUAAAAAACAUGUUCCUAUUAAAAAUGUUGCUCAAGAUGACUCUGUUUUUGACAUCAAUUCCAUGCCAAUUGUUUUAUCUGAUGAAAUUAUAACAAAUGAUAAUCUAGAUCAAAUGCAAUUGGUGCUGCCAGAAAAUGUUGAUGAAUCGAGCAUGAUUAUUGAUAAUAAUAUAAUAAUAAUGGAUAAAUCACAUGAAAUUGUAAACAAGAUGGAACAAAAAACUCAUGUGCCAAAGAUGACACCUAAAAUGCAAAUUUUAAGAAAAGUAGAAAAUUCAAAAUCUAUGUUAAUUCAGAAAGCAGCUUCAAGCUCACCCAAUAGUGCAUUAUUAGCAAAGAAUCAAAGAGUUUAUCAAUCGCCAACCAAAACUAAAAUUUUAAAACAAAACCCAACAGUUAUUACACAACCUGGAAAACCUGGUAAAUUCAUAGUUAUCCCAUCAUCUUCUUCUCCAGCUGGCAGCAAAUAUACAGUUGGAAAGCGUUUGCAACAAAAAUCAAUAAUAGUUAAAACUACUACUAGUAAUUCAAGUCAAGUUGGAAGUAAUGAGGUAGUGAGCCCACCUGGUAAGCCAAUUAUACAAAAAGUAGUUCAUCAAAAAGUUAAUGUUGACUCUUCUGGAAAUACUGUUUUGUUUAUUACAAACUCAAAUGGAGAACAAAGUAAAGUUGUUUUGACUGCAGAUCAAAAGAUGAAAAGUUCUGUAACUCCGCAGACGAUAGUAACAUCUAAAGGAGCAAUUAUAAACCCCAAAAAUUCAUCUGCCAUCGUAACCACGUCAAAGCCAAGCCAGUUGCUGCUUACUAGUAAAGGCCAAAUAAUAUCCAGGACAAAUUUACAAAAUACUGCAAAAUUAGCACCUGCAACAAUGAAACAAAAAAUUCCUUCAAAUGUGGGACAUACCAUGCUCACAUCAAAGGGUUCUUUGGUCACAACAUCAAAACUAAUUUCUUCUUCUGGACAGAUUAUACAACCAAAUCAACUAAUAAUGAAUAAAGGAAAAGUAUUAUCUUCAUUAUCCCCUAAUCAAAUUAAGAAAACUGGAGCUACAAAAAUAAUUGUAAAUAAGAAAACAAAUAAUCAACCACAUACAUUAAUUAAAGAUGUGAAUCAAAUAACAAAAAAUAUUUUACCCGAAAGAACAAAACCGCAGGUUCAUAAGAAAGGUUUUGUCAAACUUUCUACACAACAAUUGGCUGAGAUGGAAAAAUUAGGUUUUGUCACUGAAACGGCCCAUGGUAAAAUUAUCACUCCAGAGGGAAUAAAACACAUGCAAACAAUGACUCAAGAUAUCAAAAUUGAACACCAUCCUCAUCAGAAAAAGAUCAUCAAGCCAAAUACAACUUUAAAGAAAAUUGGUCCUUUACCUAAUGUUACAGAGAAUGCUCAACUAAUUCAAAAGAAAAAAACAAUUAUAAUAAAUAAACAACCAGCAAUGCCACCUCUUACCCCAAUUGAUGCCAAAUCUGUGGCAUCACAAGAAGCAUUAUAUCAAACAAAUAUUGACAUGCCAACAUCAUCCGAUGUAGAACAUUCAGAUAAUUCAGAUACUCAUUCUAUAUCACAAACUCAAGAGCAACUAUCAUCUGCAAAUGUUUCUGAAUCUGAUGCCAGUACAACAUUGCCUCAAGAACCGGCUCUAACUGCUUUACCUGAUGCACAAUUACUAGCUGUGCCAGGAGAGACAUUUAAUGGACCUCUGGGAUCUUUCUUCUUAUGUUCUGUUGAAGAAAAUGGGAAUUUGACACCUAUUGAUAAUCAGCCUUUAUAUUUGGAUGCCAAUAAUCAACUAGUGCCAGCAGCAAAUGUUCAGGACAAUGUUUUGGCUAAUAUGUCAGAAGAAAAUACUUUAACAGAACAAAUUGCAGUUUCGCCUGCUGAUGCAACUGCUGUUACUCCUGCUCAGAUAGAUGUGCCAUUAGAAGGUUUAGAAAAUCAACAAAUAAUUAUUAAUGCUGAUGGCCAACAAUUCAUCUUAGAUCAACAAAGUCUACUAGCCCUUAGCGAGCAGCAAAUACUCACUACAGAUGGGCAACAAUUGAUUUUACAAGGAAACGCUCAACAAAUAUUAGCAGCUCUUGCAGGAAAUCAAGAAGUUAAUACAUUAGAUGAAAAUGUUUUAACUGUUAAUGAAAAUGUUUCAUACCAACAUGAAUUUGGUAACAAAGAUAUACUUGCAACAGCAUUAGCUAAUACUAAUGUUUUUCAAAAUGAUGGAACAAAUCCAGAUCUAGACAUUUAUCAAAAUAUACAACAAAAUGAUUAUAAGCACUCUACAGUAAGUGAAACAAGUACAGCUUUACAACAACCUAUCAUGUCGCCAUUAGAACUACCUAGUAAAAAAGCAGAAGAUAGCGAAAAGAUUGAAGAAAUUAAUUUUAAUCAGAAUAUUGAUGAUAGCUUAGCUGUUAUAGGAGUCAAUUCAACAAAUAUACCUACAAGUUUAGAUUUACCUAUUACAAUCACAAAUCCAGAAAUAGCACCAAAAUCAACAAAUCCAUUGCAUAUGGCAUGUGAAAUGUUAUAUCAAACAACUUCAUACAGUCCAGUAACCAGUAAAGAAUUAGCGUCUAGUGAUAUUUUUCAAACACCAGAUGUACCAAUGAGUCAUGAAAGUCUUGUACAUAACAGUGAUAUAUCAGCAAAUUUAAGUAUGCCUGAAUUAAAUAGUGAUUGCAAAGAUGAAGAACUCAAUGAGCCAGAAAGCUCAAAUACAACAUUUUCAAAUGAGUCAAUGCCAUUGCUUAAUGACAAUGAAAAUAGUCAAUUGGAAGUUGAUAUAGAUUCAAAUAAAAACAUGCAAGUGGAAACAGAAGCUUCAACAAAAAAUGAAACAGUUGAAGAAUCUAAAGUUGUAGAUACAACUUGUCCGCCAGCUGAAAUAGAAUUAGAAAAUAAUUUAAUUGAAAAAAAUAGCAAUGAAUUGGAGAACAAAAAUAUUAUAGAAGAUAGCAUGGAAAUUGAAAAUAAUUGCACCAUGGAAAAAGAUCAUGAAACCAAAACACAAGAACCAAUAGAUAAAAUGGAAAUAAACAAUGAGAACAAUAUAUUUCCAGAAACGAUAAUUGAAAAUCAAAAUGUUUCAAAUGUAGAUGUGCAGGAUUCACCAGCUACAGUUUUAGAAUCUACUACCCACACACAGGUAGACGUUAAGGAAAGUUCAGUUACCGAAUUAAGUGAAGAUUGUAAUCUAGAUAAAAAUACUAUCGAAAGUAAUCAGAAUCUUAGUCCAACAAAUAUGGUUGUUUCUACAGAAACUGAAAUUAGUAAAGUAGACGAUACUAGUAAUUCAGAAAUAAAUAUCAUUACUGAAGGCUUACAUUUUGGAUCAGAGCCAUCAGACUUAUUAACACCUAGCACAAUUCCUGAAACAAUAGUAUCUCCCAGAUCACCUUGUGAAGUACCAAAUGACUUUUGUGAAUCAUCUAACUCUUGUGAAAUUCCCAUCCAACCAAAUUUAAGGUAUAAUAAGGACGAAGAAAAUAUUGAUGAAUUGAUCAAUGAUAAUAAUGCUAAUGAUAUCGACGGAAUGAAGAAAGAUAAAGAACAGUUGAAGAACAAUACUGACAAAACUGCAGAAGAAAAUAAUGAUUUUGAUAUGAGAUAAUAGUAUAUCACGUAAAUUUAUUUUUAGGUUUACAUUGUGUGUAUGUGGGUGGUAUGAACGUUGUGUAAGACUCUUUGGUAAAAUGAUCUUAUAACAUGAAAUUGUUUUAAUCUUGUUGAAA